AUGUCCGUUUCAACCGACGAAACGAAGGGCACAUACUCCGGCGUCAACGAGGCAGUUGACGCAGCCAAACAACGCUUUGCAAAGAAGAACAUUGAGAGUUUGAGGUUACACAAAGAAGCGAGCAAAAGGUUACCUGGUGGGAACACAAGAAGUGUGCUCCAUACUGCACCGUUCCCAGUAUACUUGAAGUGCGGAAAGGGGUACCAAGUCACUUCGGAAGAUGGCCAUACAUAUACGGAUCUUGUUGGCGAAUUUACUGCCGCUCUCUACGGCCACUCACAGCCUCGCAUCCAAGCGACGCUGAUUGACACAAUCAGCAACGUCGGGCUAAGCCUGGGUGGCACAACAACACUGGAGAUGAGACAUGCAGACCUGAUUUGUUCACGAUACAAGUUGGACCAUGUCCGAUUCUGCAACUCAGGCACCGAGGCGAAUCUGCAUGCAAUCCAAGGCGCGAAGAAGUUCACUGGCAAAAGGAAGGUCGUCGUCUUUAGUGGUGGUUAUCAUGGAGGAUGCUACACAUUUCCAGGCGAUCAACCUGCGGAAAACUGUGUGGAUCUAAACGACUGGAUCAUCGCGGAGUUUAACGAUAUCAAAGACACAAGGCGAAAGAUUGAGGAGUCAUCGGAUGUGGCCGCGGUACUCGUAGAGGGUAUGCAGGGAAGGGGAUCAUGUCUUGUUGGUACUCAUGAAUUCCUCCAUCAAGUCCAAGAGUCGGCGAAGAAAGUUGGUGCAGUCUUCAUCUUGGAUGAAGUACAAACAAGCCGCUUGGCACCAGGUGGAUUGCAAGAGACGGAAGGACUGAAACCAGAUCUUACGACACUUGGAAAGUUCCUCGGAGGCGGCAUUACGUUCGGCGCCUUUGGAGGACGAGAGGACAUGAUGCGAGUUUAUGACCCACGAGAGAAAAACUCACUAGGCCACUCGGGUACUUUCAACAACAACACGCUAGGAAUGACAGCGGGUUACACGGGUCUUGCGCAUGUGUAUACACCCGAAGCAUGUCGCGACUUCAAUGCGAUGGGCGAUCAGCUACGCCAGCGUCUUCAAGAUCUUUGCCCCGGCACAAAAAUGGCCGUUACGGGAUUGGGAACAAUCAUGGCGGUCCACUUUUUGCGUGAUGGCAGAAAAGAGCUCAGGAACUGGAGAGAUCGUGAUGAAGAUGGUGAUUUGAGUAUGCUGUUUUGGCUCGAGAUGAUGGAGGCUGGUUUUUGGAUUACCCAGCGGGGUACUUUGGCCGUCAUAUUUGGAACGCCAUGGGAGGAGCUGGAAAGGUUUGUAGAGUGCGUGAGCGCGUUCUUGAAACGGUACAAGGAGUUCGUCUUAUGGUUGGCAUAA